AUGAACAAGGACGAGUCCGGUGAGGGGAGGAGUGAUGAUAAUCUCUGGCCGCAUCAAAACAGAGGCUAUCGUGAGAAGGAAGAGGAGAUGCGACUAUGGGGAAUUCUUAUUUUUGGGUUAAUCGGUGCCACUGUGACAACAUUCGCCGUUACCCAAUUGCGAAGUACGGUUGAUUGGAUCUCUUUGCAGUUGAGCAGGACUCAAUCAACGUGGAAGAGUAGGAGUUCUUUCCGAACUAGUUUUCAAGAGGAAGCUUGGAGAAGAUAUCACCGCCGUAUGCGUGAAGAACAUGAAGCAGAAAUGGAACGAGUGGAGAGAAUUCGACGCAUGCAAAAAGUUUUUGAUCGGGAGAGAAAUAAAUUCAAAAGGCGUCAGGACAAUUGGCAACACCCUGACCCGGGCUCAUAUCAUCAGCAUUUCCAGAGGAAUGAUUGGUACUGGAAGGAGGAUGCAUCUUUCAGAGAUCAAGAUGGUAAUUGUAGGGAAACUAAUUGGUCGUCCACUGCAAGGACUCCAUUAUCACAUCACUACUCUGUCCUCGGGCUCGACAGGCAUAGAACAAAACCAUACUCAGAUGAUGAAAUAAAGUCGGCCUUCAGAGCAAAGGCCAAGGAAUUUCACCCCGAUCAGAAUCAAGAUAAUAAAGAAUAUGCUGAAGCAAAAUUCAAGGAAGUUAUGGUGUCAUAUGAGGCGAUCAAGUUGGAGAGGAAAAAUAAUAAGCCCCAAUAA